UGCUCAUAGAGUGAUGAAUCCGAUACUGUGUGGAGACACAGGUCGCCUGAGGUGGUGAUUACCCUGCAGCAGUACACAGAUGGUAGGAGGGAAGGAAGCAGUAGGCGGAGCCAGAUCAGAGGGAUAAUUUAACAAAAAUAGAUUGGCCACUAGGAGAGCAGGGCUGCUACAGGACGAGUCAAAAAGGGAAGGGAAAACAAAGAAAAAGAAGCCGGGACAGAGUGAGAUCAAGACAGCCGAUUUGCGUAUUGACAAAUAUUAAAAGGACAGAAUAGGGAUUGUCUACCAGCAGGCUAAGGGAUGUUUUUCAAGCUUUUUAUCUAACAGUUGUUUUUAUUUUAAGUCACUUUUUGUUUACCUGCUUGGGGUGCGACAGAUUAACUGUUGCGCUGGACCUGCUGCGGAAGACACAGGGCCGCAGGGGGGCCACCGAGAGGAGACGGGUCGCUGCCAGGUCCAGCAGGAAGCUUGAGCACAGGCUCCGCGGAGUAAUGAAGACAGCCAGGAGGGCAAGCAAUGUGGAGGUACCCUCCUUCCUGCGCCAGAUAGUCAAAGAGACAGAAAAGAUGGUGACCUUUUUUUUCAAAGGAGGGCCCAAGGAAACUGGAUGUGGGGAGGAGGACAAUUCGGAUGAGGACGACUCAAUGCAGAGCCCCUACCUAGAUCGUCCUAACUUGGAGAAGCACGUGUCAGAGGGGGGUUCUCAGUUAGGGGUGAACUACGCCGUGGCGAGCAUGCAGGGCUGGAGGGCUCAGAUGGAGGAUGCCCACACCUGCAUGCCCCAGCUGAGAGAAGAGCUGACAGACUGGGCAUACUAUGCUGUCUUUGAUGGACAUGCAGGCAGCGGAGUGGCACAGUACUGCUCCAGAAAUCUGCUGGAUUACAUCCUAGCGACAGGUGGGGUCAAAGCAACCGAGGCCCCCGAGCAGGUGAAGGAGGGGAUCCGUGAAGGCUUCCUGGGCAUCGAUCGCCACAUGCACACACUGGCUCGCCACGACGACUGGGACCACAGUGGCUCCACUGCGGCAGCUAUCAUCAUGUCACCGCGCUACAUUUACUUCAUCAACUGCGGGGAUUCCCGCACCUUGCUGUGCCACGGCGGCAAGGUCGUUUUCUACACGGAGGACCACAAGCCGUUCAACCCCAGGGAAAAGGAGCGCAUCCAGAACGCUGGAGGCUCCGUGACCCUCCAGAGGGUCAACGGCUCGCUGGCUGUUUCGAGAGCCCUGGGCGACUUUGACUUCAAGGAGGUGGACUGGAGGCCGCAGACAGAGCAGCUAGUGUCGCCGGAGCCAGAAGUGUACGAGCUGGAGAGGACGCCCGGAGACGAGUUCCUCAUUUUGGCCUGCGACGGUGUUUGGGACGCCAUUGGUAAUGAGGAACUGUGUGCCUUCGUGCGCAGCCGUCUGCAGGUGUGCGAUGACCUCAGGGAGAUUUGCACCCAAGUCAUUGACCUCUGUCUGUACAAGGGGAGCUUGGAUAACAUGAGCAUCAUCAUCGUCUGCUUCCCUGGUGCCCCCCAGCUGUCACAAGAGGCACUGCACCAGGAGGCAGCGCUGGAGCAACUGAUUGACAUGAAAGUGGAAGAAAUUAUACGGAAGUCCAAAGAUGAGUACCCUGACCUUUUGUAUGUGAUCAAAGCCCUGGCUGCUGAAGAGAUGCCGGGCCUCCCACCAGGAGGAGGGAUUACCAGCAAGAGAGAUUGUAUCAUCGCUUCAUAUCAGAAACACAUUAUGACUGUCAAAUCUCAGGAGGCUAUGGACAUCGAAGGAUCAGAAGAGGACUCAAACUAAACCAUUACCAUGGACGAAAAGUCAUCAUCAGCUUUUCAACAUCUUCAUGGAGACAAGUUUAACCUAGAUGUGGACUAAACUAACCAGUGUUUGUGUAAUUUAUUCUCUUGACAACUUGCUUUUAUCCACCGGCACAAGCUUCUGUUUGAGGCAGCUAAUUUUUCACAUGAAUGUAUCAGAUACUGUUAACAAGCUGUAGUGCAAAAAACAAAGAGUGACUAAUAUUUCACUCUUCAAGAAAAACAACCUGUUGCCAUAAGAGAAGAAGUGAGAUCGAGGAGGACGUUGGGGUGGAAGUCCAUGCUAGGGUAAAGAGGAUGAGAUGUUCCCAGGAAUUAGCACACAUAUGUCAUUAAAUGAGGCUCUUAGAGAGGAUGUGUUAUGUGUGACUGUGUCACCGUGUUAUUUUAAAAGUUGUUCCCCUCCAGGAAUCAGAUUUGAACAGAACACACUAAUAGUACAGUGUGUUCCAGUUCAUACAUUUCAAAGUGUGGAUAGAUAUUAGGCAAAUUGAAUUUGCUUCAGCUGCGAGCUUUGUUUUUGAUACUUUUUUAUUUUACGCUUGAGACAUUAUUUUGAACAUAAGAUUUGUUGUGAUUUGGUUAUUAAUGUAGCUGUUGAUGAAUUUUGCAACUAAUAGUUUUGUCUAUGGAAAAUAGUGAAAAAUAUAUAUAUUAUUUUUCAAUGCCCAUUGUUACGUCUUCAAAUUGUUUUUUUUUGUCUAACCACCAGUCCAAUUUAUAAAGUCGCUUAGUUAAUAGACCAGAUAAAAGUAAAAAUAAGAUAAAAGUGAAAAAUGUGUUAAAUGAUUAAUCGGUUAUGAAGGUAGUUGCCAAUCAUUCCCGCAUGCAGAUGAAAAACAUGAAAUAGUGCACUUUUGUAUGAAACCAAAGAAUAAUAAAGUUUAGAUCCCUUCUUUUAUGGCAAUGUGUUAAAAUUCAGAUACUUCGUUUGAAUAGAUAA